UUAGCCUCCUCCCCAACACUUGUGACAUAUCAUAUUUCCUUCUUCACAUCUCCAAAACUCAUACAAGUUCAUGGUCACUGUUCUAUUGUCCAUAUUGAACGUCCACCUACUUAUCCCUUCACACCUCUUAUUGACCCCACUCGAUGGUAUCGUUUGAGUGACAAUGGACGAUCCAUGGGACUGGGACGUCGAUAAGGUGGUUCAGGAGCUCUGCUCAGCCAAUCGAUCUUGGGAACCUCCAACUUCUACUGCCCUGCAGUUCCUGCCGCCCCCGGAGAAACUUGAACCUUUAUUGCGAGAGCAUGGAGUUGACGGUCAUACGCUUCUCACAUAUGAUCGUGCCGAACUCUGCCAAGACUUAUGCAUCAGGAUUGCGAAGCACAAAUCUAUACUCAAGCAUAUCAUCAGCUCAUUCCGCUCUCGUAGCAAACAGUAUAGACUGUAUCAGAAACGCAGCUACUCGGAAUUUGAAGCUGAAAAUGACGAAGGUCAAACGGGAAACAGUGUCAAUAGGGAGGUAUUACUAAUUAAGCCUACUUCUCGCAACCCUCUUUCGCCUUUAUCAAAAGGAAGCAUCGAUCUUACCUCGGAGAGGCCACAAGAUGCGCCCCAAAGACCUCCGCUGAGCAAUAUUCAUGAAGGUCCUCAUCCUGGAGUCGCGUCUACUACGACUCCAUAUCGAUCUAACACUUUUCAUGACACUCCCUCCUACGCUCAGGAGACCCCCACACCGCACACGCCUGCCACGAAGAAACGAAAAGUAGCCCCUACGCUCAUUUCAACCGAGAUCGAUGUUAACAUGUCACGCACCAUUCCCUCCGAAGCGGACGUGAUUAUAGCAUCUAGAUCAAGGAACCUUAUUAAUAAUCGAGGAAAUGAUGCAAUUGAUUCAACCUGGGCUUACCUCGGAAAAGAUGCACUCACUAGAGUGGAUAUCGUUGAAAUGGUCAACGACGCCGAACCUUUCUCGAAAGACAUGUUGCAAGAAGAACGGCAACUCGCAUUCGUUCAAGUCAAUAGACUGCCGUAUGGCCGCCGGCUACAGAUCAACCAGCUUCUCAAGCGUCGGAUGCUGCGGAAUAGAAAGCCUCGAGUUCCCUACGCGAUUAAGCUGGAUAUGGUACCUGGGGCCAACAAUCCGGAUCACGAUAAAAUCUUACCUUUGUACGGAGACUCAGAUGAGGAGUACGAUUCAGAGACUUGGGCUGAAAUAGAAACCGAACAGCUCAAGCAGAAGGACCGACGUGGCCUGUCUGGCGACGAAGUCCAAGCUGUGAUCGAUGAAUCUAUUCAGAAAUUUGUGUCCGAUUGGAGAGAGCGCAAGGCCUCCAAGCUCUUAUACAAAUCCAACCAAAUUUGGUUAAAUGCUCGAAGGGCCGGCCUAAAGAUGUCGAUCGACAAGAACCGCAGUGAUUUCGAGGCAUGCGAAUCCCGCAUUGCGAAGUAUUGUAGAGAGAUGACUCUCCAGCAUUGGCGUAAAAUAGCCGAGUUGAAGAUGAACACCUUGAUCUUGCAACAGAGUGUAGAAGACAGGGAAUAUGCUUCGUGGGUUCUCAGUGUCAUCACUACCCCAACCGAACCUGAAAAGCUCUUGGCCCCGCCUCGGACUUCCGUUAGAACCCGUCGACAAUCAAAGCUAGUUUCUGCCGAUUCUGAGGAUGAGGAGAUACUGACAAGUGAAUCCGAGAAUGAGCUUGACGGAUUCGUUGUCGAUGACCCCUCGCCCCCUGGUGCGUCUCGUAGCGGUUCACCCAUGGCAAUUUUUGAAGACGAUACUCCUCCCGUGCAACAAGAACGCCGCCGCGAAAGUGACCAAAACGAGGUAUCUAUGGACUUUAAACAAAUAGAAACCAUCGAUCUUACACAGUCUCCUCAAACGCCAGUCAAAUCUCAAAAGUACCAUGUGAUAGAUCUUACUACUCCCGUCAAACCCAAACCAGAUCCCAAUAGCUCACCCAGGACAAGGCCUAGUAACACACCGGGAAAGAUAGGUCAAUUGUAUAAUGAGCAAUCGCCUCUUAUAAUGAGCGUCAAUGACCUGGACCCAGCUGAACAAAUGAUAGCCAAAGAACUGGCUAAGCAAGACGAAGGAUAUCUAUCAUAUAUCUUUUCGGUAACCAUGGAGAAGCAAUCAGACGAAGCUUGGAUAGAUUUUCUAUCUAAUGAAUUGGAAGAGCGAAGAAUCCCGAAGUCUCCCUACGAUACUCCCGAGAAGCAAAAAGCUUUCGCUGCCUUCACGAUGCUUCGUUUGUUUGAAAUAUAUAGAGACGAUAACUUCUACUCAAUAAGUCAGUAUAAGAAGCUAAGCUAUGAUGAAAUAGUGAAGAAGGCAGAAGACGCAGGGACACAGACAGAGACACUCAACAGUUAUGCGAACUUCCUCCGCCGCUUAUCUGAUCGCUUCGAGUGGAAGGUUAUUGAUACGGGAAUAGCCGAUCGAAAAUCCCCGUCGAAGCAGAAGAGGCGUAGGAAAUUGGUUCGCAAUCAAGAAGCAGAAAGCCUCAGAGAGCAUGAUCGGGCACGGGCGGCAGAACAGAAACAUCGACAAGAGGUACUCCGUGCGAAAUUUAAAGAGCUCGAGGCACAAGGCGUAGCAGUUCUUGAUCAGAAGAAUAUGAUAAUCAACGAGAGCAAAGAAGACGACCAAGGAUUUAUUUACAUCCAUCCUGAGAUCGCACGGCGCAUUAAGGAACAUCAAGUAGCAGGAGUCAGAUUCAUGUGGAAUCAGAUUGUAGACUCCAGAGCGAAGCAAGGUUGUCUACUCGCGCAUACCAUGGGUCUCGGAAAGACCAUGCAAAUCAUUACACUCCUAGUCGCUAUCGCCGAAGCUGCAGGGUCCGAAGAAAAGUCAAUCUCCUGUCAGAUACCUAAAGGCCUCAAGGAGUCAAAAACCCUUGUUCUUUGCCCUCCCUCCCUCGUUAACAACUGGAUGGACGAAUUACUUUCUUGGGCUCCCCAAGGACAUAGACUUGGCGAGUUUUUCAAAGUUGACCAGUCAGCGGAUGUUUCCGAACGCGAUGCGAACAUUGAGUCUUGGGACGAACGAGGUGGCAUCCUCAUUUUUGGCUACAAUCUCUUCAAGGACUAUGUGCUUCAGGAAGAUUUUAGAGAAAUAUUGUGCGACGGCCCCAACCUCGUUGUGGCCGAUGAGGCGCACACGAUGAAGAACCCGAAGUCGCAAACUCACGCCGCCGGUGCACAUUUCAGAACUCUGAGCCGAAUUGCCUUAACCGGUUCGCCCCUGGCUAACAGGGUCGAAGAGUACCAUGCCAUGGUUAAUUGGAUUGCACCAAACUACUUAUCCGAUAUCAGUGAAUUCAGAUCGUUGUACGCCAAUCCAAUCAAAGAGGGGCUCAAACUAGACAGUACUAUGAGUCAACGCAGAAUGGCUCUGAAGAUGUUAAGGGUCCUCAAGGAAGAAGUUGCGCCAAAAGUACAGCGAAUAACAAUCGCAGCGCUGAAGCAUGACAUACCAACAAAGCUAGAAUUCCUCUUAACCGUACCUCUUACCAAUGUGCAGCGAGAGGCGUAUGAAACCUUCAUCAGUUACCAACUGGAUCACCCAGGAUCGAGUCAACUAGCUUCUAUAGAUACGUUGGGUAUCCUCUGUGCUCACCCCUCGAUCUUCAUGAAAAAGUUGCAGGAUCGAAAACAGGGUUCUACAAAGUCGAUUCCGAAGGCGGAGACUCUACCUAGUGAGCUUAUUACUAGCGAGAUUACGCUUUUGCAUAAGACAAGGGACCUGGGUGCGUAUGCAUUAUCCUGGAAAAUCCUAAUAUUGCUCUCUAUUCUCGACGAGUGCAAGCGCAUAGGUGAUUCAGUUCUCAUCUUUAGUCAAUCUAUCCGUACGCUCGAUUAUAUAGAGUCUAUUCUCAAAACCAAGAGAUUUUCCUAUGAACGGAUUGACGGGAAAGUCCCGACAACUAAACGACAGUCCGUUGUCAAGGAAUUCAGCAAGGGCAAAGUUGAUGUGUUUCUCAUCUCUACCAGAGCUGGCGGCGUUGGCCUCAACAUGACGAGUGCCAAUCGAGUCAUUAUUUUUGACGUCAAGUUCAACCCACAGAACGAGCAACAGGCCGUCGGGCGUGCAUAUCGUAUUGGUCAGAAGAAACCAGUCUAUGUUUACCGCUUGGUUUGUGGGGGUACGUCCGAGGAGAAGGCGCUGAAUAUGGCGAUAUGGAAGAUGCAGUUAGCUUCUCGAGUCGUUGACCAGAAAAAUCCUAUCCCUAAAGCCCAGGAAUUCGGUCAAUCAUUUGAGAUGCCAACGGAGCCCAAGCAACAAAACAUCGAUACACAUAUUGGCAAAGAUAAUGUCCUAGAUAAGGUCAUUGAAGCCCACAAAGACGGCAUUAGAGCCAUUACGAUGAUGGACACUUUUGAGGAGGAAGAACUCGAAGAUGCUGUCUUGACGGCUGAGGACCGCGCGGAAGCUGACCUAUUGAUCGCCCAAAAUGAGGCUCGUAGGCUGGGCAAGCCUAUUCCGCCUCUGUAUUCUAUGAAUCAAGGUAGACUACCUAACGAAGCCAACAGGGUUAUGCUGCAGACUCCUGUGGUAGAUAGCAAGGCUCAGAAUGACCAAGUCUUAGAUGUGCCUCCUAUUGGAAGCUCUAAUAUCCUACAGGCCGCAAACCCUCCUCAGAAUAACGCUGUCUUAUAUCAGCCCGACCUAUUGCGGCCAAUUCAGGGUACUACUACACAUAUUCGGAGAUCACAGCAAAAUUCGGGCCAUGUCAUGGGUAGUCAAUUUACCAAUUGGGAGAAUCAGCCAGCUUUUAAGGGAGAGUUGACGCGAGCCUUUUCAAUGAGCAAGGCACCGCAUGAUGAUGAACAGAAACGGAGCGCCGCGCAUGCCAUUACAGCAGCAGUUUGGGAUCGACAACGACCUUCUGAGCAACAUGCCCAGGUGAAAUGGGAGAUAAUGACAGCAGCAUCGUCUCCACGAUUUGUUGAAGCAAUCUGCUUGAACCUUCUAUCUACUGCUGAGCUGGCCGAUAUGGAGCCAUCGGAUAUUGCCACAAAGCGGCAUGAUUGGGAUAAAUUGACGGAGGCAGAAUGGGAGGAACAAAAAGCCGCUGCGGCUCGCAAGUCCGAGGCAGACCCCGAACAUCUCCAAUAUGCACUCCACCAAAUGUCGUCCACUCCCAAGGGGGAAAAUUCUGGCCGACGUAAACCUCUUCGACUAGAUGAUCAGGAGGCGUUAGAAACUGUUAUCGAGAACAGAAAGGCGAAGCAGUCUUCCCAUGCUAAUCCUCGCCUACCUAGCUGGGCUAUAGACGCAGUUACUAGACAGGGACGCACAUCGUCACCGUCGAUACACCCUUCCGCCGGCUCUUCAUCCCACCUUUCACCCAAAAAUCCUUUUAAGUGAGCCUUC